AGAGAGACUGGUUUUCCUGAGCUUUCCCUGACAGAAGAGCACAUGAUGAAUGGCCCGGGUGCAUGCUGGGAAGGCCAAGAGGAUGAGGAUGAAGAUCUGCCGCAGAUGGACGGCACGUGUGACGCGUGCGAGCCAGAUGAAGCACAGCCGGCCGUCCAGGUGUGCGUGACCUGCCGCUUCGCCUUCUGCAGCGUGCACGCAGACAAACACACCCGCAGUACCCGUCACCCCCUCCACUUGUACUGUGCUCCCGAUCCAGCCCCCCCACCACACACCCACAGGGAACCUGUGGAGGGGGCAGAGGCCCAGAGCGGGGGUGCAGAGGGAGGAAGUGGAGAGGAGGAAGAGGAUGCGGAGGAGGGAGGGAAAAGGGACACGGUGACGGUGGAAAGGUUGCGGUGUAAGGAACACGGGCAGGAGGGGGCGCUGUACUGUAAAACAGAUGAGAAGAUUAUCUGUGUGGUGUGCGCCGUGCAUGGAGAACAUCACCAACAUGACAUCAUCACACUGAGAGAGGCGUACCAUUGGCAGAAGAGCAAAGAGGGUAUUGACCUGCUAAGAUGUACCCAGGAGAUGGCCGAGCGGAUAAAGACCAAAUGGACCAGUCCUGACAUGAGUAAGGAGGAACUGGAGGUAUAUGUGAACCAGCAGUUUAGUGAAUUACACAGGCUGGUCCGUCUGGAGGAGCGUCGGACAUUGCACCUGGUGGACCUGAAGGAGGCCUUCCUGACUGCUCAGGCUGCUGAGAGCAUAGCGGAGAUCACUGUGCAUACGGAGCGGCUGCAGGAGGAGAUGGCUUCCAUCACACGGCAGCUGGGUGAACUGGAUCGAGUUGAGAGGGAGGGAGUUGCCGCGGCAGCCAGCUUUGGACCUCCAGUCCCCACCCCACCAGAUCCUGCCCCCCGACCUGAGCUCGAGCCAGAUGUCAGGCCACGGCUACCGGAACCCAGACACGACCCCCGCGACCCCCACGACUUUGGAGAAGGUGGAUCCGGAUCAUUCAUGGGACACACACCCUAGCAUCAAGAGUCCAGGCCUGCGGAUGACUAACCUUCUCUCUCUCUCUCUCUCUCUCUCUCUCUCUUUCUCUCUCUCACUUUCAUUUUCUUUCUCUCUCUCUCUCUGUACCUCAUUAGAGGAGAUUGGCAUGUGCCCCUGCAUUCUGUGGUUGGACCAACAUUUCUCUAACGUUGAUUUGGCAUUGCGCUUUUUUCUAAACAGACUGCU